CUCCAACCCGCUAGCCUUUCACAUUGGUCACAGUGUUUUCUGUGGUAUCAAGGACGGGUCUGUUUUGAAUACCUGCAGGCGACAUGAAGUUUGCGUCUAUAUUUGUUAUUUUCAUCUGCUCUACUUCCAUGAAAUCCCAAGGGAAGUCUAGGCCUAAACCGGGCUGUGAAUACCCCCCCUCACAGUGGUGUAGAAGUCUGGAAAUUGCGAUAGAAUGUGGGGUUCGGAAGCAGUGUCUAGAGCUCAACGCCACCCGGUCCAACUCUGCAGUACCCCGAGUGGAGGUGACCCUGUACUAUGGAAGCCUGUGUCCAGGCAGCCGGGUCUUCCUCACCCAGCAGCUCUUCCCCACCUGGGCUGUGCUCCACGAUAUCAUGGAUGUCAAUCUGGUCCCCUAUGGCAAUUCGCAGGAGCUUCCUUUUGGGAACUGCCCCUUCACCUGUCAACAUGGACAACUAGAGUGUCAUGGCAACAUGAUUGAGGCAUGUAUUCUACAUUCUGUGGGCCUGUUUAGUGGGGCUUUUCAUGUCAUUAACUGUAUGGAAUCUGCAGUCAAUGUCCUUAGCGCUGCUCAACCUUGCCUACAGCUGUACGCACCCACUGUGAUGUGGGACAGUGUCAUGUCCUGUGUGGAUGGAGAACUCGGCUUCCAACUGAUGCACGAGAAUGCCCUGAAGACCAGCGCUCUCAGACCGGCAAAAACAUACGUGCCCUGGCUAACUGUUAACGGGGAACACACUGAUGACAUUCAGAACAAAGCGAUGUCAUCACUUUUCAACUUGGUCUGCAAAAUGUACAAAGGAGGCAAGCCAUCUGUCUGCACUGGAACACAGAAGAAAGUGGACAGGAGUUUUUGCUGGAACUAACAUUAAUUUUCUAAUUGUUCUUGCAGAACCAGAUGUACUCAUGGUCUAUAAUGGAUUUGUAUGGUCUUUCAAAAAGCACCCAUUGCUUAUUUAUUUACUCUUGAAAUAUGUUCUGUUGACUGUUGUAGUGUGAUUUAUGUGCUGAUAGUGAUAACUCUUUAAAGCCUUACAUGGACAUCAUUUAAAAUUGAUAUAGACUAAUUUUGUUCACCUUGCUGGCAUUAAUACUCAGCAAAUCAAAUGUGUUCAGACAGCGGUCAGUUGCAAUGGCUAAUCUCCAAUGUAAUGUUUAUGUCAUAAAUGAUUCCCUUUUAUCAGUUAGUCAGAAAUAUCAAAAUAUGAAGAAAAGCUGCUUUGCUGUCCUGCCAUGUGAUUUGCAGGGCCCCUAUAAGGACAUAUCUUAAAUUAAACUCAUGGUAUAUUCACUACUGAUAUAAUACAGUUUGUUAUAGACAAUAUUUGGGUAUCAUCUUUGCAGAAUACCUUUUAAAGGAUGCAGGGAUGUUAGUUAGAAUGCUAAUAGUCAUUCAGACAGUCUGUAGCAAAAGCUAUCCAAAAGGCCUGGUAAAGUGAGUAAAAAAAUAGGUAGGUUUAAUUAAAAUUGUUAGGAUAUAAUUUGUGCCAAAAACAGAUCCAGUUAUAAUCCCACAGUAAUAUGCCUCGCCCUCCCAAAUUGCAUGUAAAUCCAGGCUUUUUUGGUACUCAAAAAUGAAUCCCAGUUUUUUCACCAACUUGGCCCACAUCGCCCUCGUGUGGCAGUGUCCGCAAACAUGAUGUGGUAAAGCAUUCUAAGAACUCGAAAACAAUUUAGCUAUACGAAAUGUACCAAUCGGCUAGCACCUAUCAUUCUUAACUAUGUUGCACUCGCCAGCACCAACCAACUUUGAGAGAAAUGGAUUCACCAACCAACAACCACAAUUAACUAGGUGUUCCUAGAGUGUAACUAGGCAAACCAAACCCUUGUUUGACACCAACCCCAGGUGGGGAAUUUCUUAUUUUCUGUAUACUUGCUCAUCUACCACUAGCAGUACCAUUAAACCAAACGGUAUGGGUUUCGUCAACUAGAUUUUCUAUUGGAAAUUUCAGUACUGGUAGGUCUCAUCUGGUUAUGUUCUGUUUGCAACUAAAUGUUUUGUUUGGCAGAAUGAAGAAUACACUCCCAGCUCAGAAUCAGAUGUCCCAGGGUUAGACCGGGACUCAGUACAACACAUUAACAACUAGUGCAAAG